AAAAAAUGUAUUAUAUUACUUAUGCAUGUACUGUAGAUUGUAGAAGAUCUUCAGGGUAAUUGUACAUUACCCGAUGGUAUGUGAAAUGGUGAACACCACCUUCCUGAUAAUCAGUUAUAUUUAGGUGCUCAGGUUCUCAAAUACAUUAAUGUACCUGAGCUAGCAAACGAAACUGAAGAGAAAAAAAACUUUUUCAAGAGUUGUAGAUAUUUUUUACAAACCGCUACUUUAGAGCUGAAGAAACGGUAUAAUAUGGACGAUCGUGUAUUGAGUAAGCUGCCAUCAUUAAGUGCAAAAAAUGCCCUAUCAAUAAAUUACCAUAAUUCACACCCAUCUCUAGUUCCUUUAAUUUCAAUUAUGUCAAGAAUAGUGCCAGAAGACAAUUUACAAUUAAUCCAAAAGAUAGAUGACCAGUGGCGUAGUCUUCCACUGAAAAUGAUACAUAUGCCUGAAUCCAUCACUAAUUUACAGUAUGCCAAUGAAUCACCUGAUAUAUUCUGGUCUAGUAUCAAGGAUUAUGAUUUAAAAACUGAAGCAAUAGGGCAAGAACUUCCUGAUUUCGCAUUAUCAGUUCUUUGUCUACCACAUUCUAAUGCGCACUGUGAGAUAAUUUUUUCCAGAGUUAAUGCUAUAAAAACAAAGUAUCGAAACAAGUUAGUUACCUAAACUAUAAAUGGUACUAUACUGACAAAAGAGUGUGUAAAGGGCGGACGAUCUCAAACAAAAAAUUGUGUAAACUUUGUUCCUAGUAAGUUAAUGAUUAAUAGAAUGACCAGUAAUACAUUAUAUCCUAAAAAAGAAAUCUCAUCAGAUAAUAUUACUACUGAUAU